AUGAGCUCCGGAUUUAUAUCAGAGACCGAAAUUAUAGAAGCGAGACGCCGGCGUCAAGAGGAAUGGGAAAAAGUACGCUCGGAUGAUCAACCAAAAGAGGCUCCAGAAGAGCCAUAUGACACAAGGCCACUAUAUCAACGGCUGGAAGAACAGAGAUUGAAGAAAGAUGCAGAAUAUGAAGAGGCACACAAACUUAAAAAUAUGAUUCGGGGCCUAGAUGAUGAUGAAGUUGGUUUCUUAGAUUUGGUGGAAAGAACCAAAGCUGAAGUGGCUCAACAGAUACAUAUUGAAGAAAAGAAAGAAAUGCAAGAGUUUAGAGAGAGGGUGUCAAGUCUAGCAGAGAGUGAAGAGUUGACUCGUCUCAGGGCACAGUUGGCCCCCGCUCGCUCUACACAAACUCCAGCUCAAUCACAGAAGAAUAAAUUACAAGGGAUGGUGGUGAGAAAAAGAAAGGCGAGUGAAAUGGAAGGAGAGAAAGAAAAAGACAAAGCAUCUCCCCCCAAAAAUGGCAUUGUCCAUAAUAACAAUGUAAGCAUACCCGCGGCGGUGGGCACGGGUUCAAUGCGCGUGCUGGGCGUGCUGCCCGGACUCGGACAUUACCGCGACACGGACACCGACUCGUCCUCCGACACUGACUCUAGCGAUAUGGAAUCGUCGGGAAAUUUCUCCGCAAAGCGAGAUCUAUUAGGGAGAAGACCAGACCAGACAGCAGAAGGGAAGAAGAAAGAAGAAGAAAAGAGU